UACGGAAUAGACGUACCUCAAAAAAUAAAAUGUCGACAUUCGAUUUAAAAUUUGAAACCGUUUUCAAAGUUACCAUGACGUGUUUACAUUUAAACCGUGCUCAUCCUAAUAUCCCACGAAAUAUUUACUGGAUGGCCCAGUUUACGCCAAUUUUGGCUUUGUCAAUUUUAAGCUUUCUUUUACUAGGUAAUUCAUUUUUAUUUCAUGAUGUUCAAUCCGGUAAUUACACUGAGGCCAGUAAAAAUGGCGUAAUGGCUAUAGUCGCUUUCACGAUCAUUGUCAAAUAUGUAAUCCUAUUGUAUCGCCAAAAAGAUAUCAAAAAUUUAAUUGCCACAGUAAAUGAUGAUUACGAAAUCGCUAAAGACUUCUGUCGCGAAGAACAAGAUAUUGUAAGGAAAUAUGCUCAGAAAGGCGUUACCGCUUGCAAAUUUUGGCUCGUCUCUACAUUCAUGACGAGUUCAAUAUUCCCAAUAAAAGCGUUUGUACUAAUGGCAUAUUACUAUAUAUAUAAAGGAGAAGUUCACCUCGUUCCAAUGUUCGAUAUGACGUACCCAGGAACGAUGGAAAGAGAUAAAAAUAUAAUCCCAAUUUUUUGUUUGCUAUUUUUUUUGUGCUUUCUUUUUGAUUGUUUUGCUGGAACUAUGUACAUCGGAUUUGAUCCAUUGGUGCCUAUAUUUAUGCUUCAUACUUGUGGACAACUCGAGUUACUGAGCCGAAGAAUCAUCAAAUUAUUUGCUGACAACAAGAAUCCAAGGAUUAUAGAAAAAGAACUGAAACUGAUUAUUAUCAAAUUACAAGGACUUUACAGAUUUGUCGAUCUCAUUAAAACUUACUUCGCAGUUCUGUUCGAAUAUAAUAUGAAGACAACCACUUUUAUGAUGCCGUUAACCGCAUUUCAGGUUCUUGAGGCUCUUCGGCGUGGACAACUCAAUUUGGAGUUCACAUCAUUCUUGACGGCUUGCAUGCUACAAUUCUACUUGCCCUGCUAUUACAGUGAUCUUCUUAUGGAAAAUAAUCGAAACUUCCGUCAGGCAAUAUACUCAUGUGGUUGGGAAAAACAGCCCGAUAAAGGGGUGCGUCAAUUGAUCCUGUUUAUGAUGACCAGAGCAUCAUUGACUCUGGGAAUAACCACAGUAUUCUAUGAAAUAUGUUUGGACACAUUCGCUGAGAUGUGUCGUCAAUCUUACGCUAUAUUCAAUUUAAUGAAUGCAGCGUGGUCGUAAAGUGACUACAAUCUUGCACAAUUAUUCACAGGUUUUGCACUGACCGCAAAUUGAAAUUAUUAUUUUCCUAGUAAAAAUACUCGUAGAGCAAGGCUUCUAAGUCUUCAGUGAGUUACUUUUAAUUGCGUAUUCAAUGUGCUAAUCCUCCGUACAAACUUUUAGC